CGUUGUCGCGAACGCGCGAGUCUGCAUUAUAAGUAUAACACUGGCGAUAAUAUUAUAACAUUUUAACACCCGCCAGACAUUUUCGGCCGUUCGGAAGACCGAAAUCCGUUGUGUUAAAAACGUAUAUUGAUCUCAAGUCGCACGCGUGAAGUGACGGUCAUAUUAUAUAAUUUGUAUGCAUAUACGUAAAUAUAUAAAGUACAUGUGCGCUCGUCUAUACAUGAUCUACACAUUAUUAUUAAAAUAAUAUUGUAUCGUACCGCGGAAUGUCGUCAAAUCCCAUCCGAGGAAUCCGGCGGAAAAAGUCAUCGCUGACCGAAGUGAAGAUAGCGGUUUUAGGGGCUCCCGGCGUCGGCAAAAGCGCAUUGACCGUGCGGUUUUUAACAAAGCGUUAUAUUGGCGAAUAUGAUCACCAAGCUGAAACGAGGUACAAGCAUGAAGUGAUGGUGGACAGUGAACCAAUUCUUUUUGAAAUACUAGACACCUGCCCAAAGAAUGACGAAGAAUUACCUUUAAAUGACGUUUACAAUUGGGCGGACGCACUUGUGCUAGUAUUCGCUAUAACAGAUAGACGAUCGUUCAAUUACGUGCGGCGUGUAAAACAAACUAUGUUGGACGCUUUUGAAAUGCCCGUAGCACUGGUAGCCAACAAGGCUGAUAUGGUUCAUCUCAGACAAGUCAGCACGGAAGAAGGUGAGAUAUUGGCGAAAGAUUUCGAAUGUUGUUUCACCGAGGUGGCGGCCGCGGAACAAGUGGGACAAAUCGCCGAGGUGUUCCUUGAAGUAUGCAGAGAGGUAUUGAGCGUUCGGCGGAAAAACAAACAAUCGUUACUAGACCGAAUGUUAGGUGGUAAGACGGCCGUUGUAAAGGCGUAUGCCCGUGGAAAAAGCGACAGCGCUUUGCCAAAAGAAUAAUGCAUUUGAUGAUGUCAGUAAAAUCUUCCGGAUAUAGAGUUACAACCGUAUGGUAUAUAAUAAAUAGUAUACCUAUUCACAUAGGUACAUGACUCAUGAUAUAAAAAAAAUAUUUAUUUUACCCUCAGAAAAUAUCUCGGUAAAUAGGCUAAAAAAAAUUUUAAAUUAUUUAUUUUCUAAACGUUUGAGAACACAUAGGUACUAUAUACAUUUUCUAUGAUUUCAGUAUCUGUUCUUGAAACUAGAAAAAAUUUAAUGAUAAAUAUUACUGGAUUAUCUUAAUAUAUAAUGUUUAAUUCGUGGAUAAAAGAGCUACUCUGUAUAUGAAAUAGUAUUAAUGUAUUGUACUAUUAUGGAUACGAUAAUAAAAUCUAUUAUGGUCAUAAUAAUGGUCAUGUAUACUAUAUACAUGAAUGCGAGCAACUUCGGAUUUCUGCACCGUCAACUGCAGAACUGCAACAUACUCAUAAUUCAAAUAUAGUAAAUAUACAUAUAUUUAAUAUAAUAUAUAUUACACGCAUACUGCAACUGGGUGCAGAUUAAUUUAAAACAAAACACUGAUCACUUAUAUUUUGUAUGUUUACAUACCUUUUGUAUACCUCAAGUACAUUUUUAUGUUUUCGUAAAAAUAAUAUGUUUUUUUUUUAAUUUAGCGUAUUUAUAA